CAUUGGAGCUGUUUUGAAGCUUCUAGCGACUAACCUUGAGAAAAAAUGGGUUCCACGUUGCUAGGAAUUUGAUCCAUAAGUCAGAGUAUUUCGGCAGAAGUUUUGCUGCCCUGCUUGGAAUUCGUUACGUUCACGCAAGAAAGGUUAGAGAUUAUAUCUGUUGGUUUGUCUGUCGUUUUUACUUCACCCUGGAGCUAACGAAAGCUCACUGCAUCCACCCAUCACUUUCACCUACUUAUCCAUUGACAGGAUUUUUCUUUCCCUUAAUGCCAGUUUCUGUCUCAAAUUUGUAUGUGCAGCAGAAUAUGGCAAAAGGAUAUGCAGCACUCAUCAAGGAAGCCACUGUGCUCCUUGACCAGUUUAAUGCUGACAAACAAUGUGUUGAGGAAUUCAUAGAUAAUGCUUCAAAGGAUAUGGAGAACCUGGAUCCGUUGGAUAAGAAAUUUAUACUUGACAUAAUUUAUGGAUGCAUUGAGCAUAAAAGAAUAUUGGAUGUGGUCAUCAACGUCUUUUAUGCUCAGUGUGGAAAAUGCUUACUGAAGGCUGAUCGUAGCCAGUUUGCAAUAAUCUGUUACUUGAGCGUUUUCCUUCUUGAUGACCUUGGACUGCAGUGCUUCAGCAAGAUUGUCAACUCUCUUGACAUCAAAAAGAUAUAUCAAUUCCUGAGUUUCUUCUUCAACAUCACAAACCUCAGUACCUGGAUCCAAGGAGAAUGGAGUCAGAUCUAUGAUGCCUCCUAUGUGGAGAAGAACUGGAUUGCACCUCUACUAAGGUGGCGCCCUGAGAUUGAGAUUCUAAUGGCUCAGCAGGUGUCCAGAAUGUCAGGAGAGAGUCAAGUCAAGAAAACCACCAAGGAAACUACUAAGCCACAGGAAUUUUCACUUACCAAACCCAAAUCUCGCCCUCUCCCUGUACCCUUGCCCGUCCCCCCACAGGAGAAAAAAACCCAUGUGGUACCAACCAGCACCUACAGAACUCCAAAAGAGAAGCAGAAUUUGGAGGAAAUCAAGCAGAGGAACCGUCAGAAGGCAGAGCAUGUCCUUUAUGAGGCAAACACUCAACAGUUCAAGUGCGCAAACACACUGAAGUCAGAGCGCACUAAGAGUGUCAUCUCCCAGAUUGUGCAAAGCCAUGACACCCAAUGCAAGUUUGAUUCAGUCUACACCUCUGGAUCCCCAGCCACCCAUAAGACUAACAACCUGCCCAUCAGGCUUAACACCACGGCUAUCCUGCGAGAAGGAGCUCUGUAUAAUCGCCAGGUGGAGGAAGAGCUGCGCAGAAUGGAGCAGUUGGUGGAGGGGGCUGGUGAGCCCUCUUCAUUCCUGAAGUGGCAGAGGGAGAUGCGCGACCAGGACCUCCAGGAGGAGCUGGCCCAGGUUGAACGCAGGCGCCUGGAGGGCCGCAUCAGUUACGAGGAGGCUGCACUAGCCCGCACACGCAUCACUGAGUGCAACCAGAAGACUGCACUGCUGAAAAAGGAAGAAACUGCCAAGCUGAUGCAGAGAUAUGCAAACAAGCGGUUACAGGAAGAGAAAGAGAUGAGAGACCUGGUGCAACAGGUGGCAGAUGGACACAAAAACUCAAAAGCAGCUAAAAGGAAACUGCAUGAGUUUAAAAAGCGUAUAGUAAAAGAAGUGUCAGAGCAGAGUCAGGAACUCCUUCGCCAGGCUCUGGAAGAAGCACAGGCAGAGCUGAGCAGGAAGUUUGAAAUCAUCAGUCAGAUUCGGGCCAUUGAGUCUGUUCCACUUAUCAAGCACAAGUUUGUGGAUGAAACAGAGACAGCAGGACAUGACCUGCUUGGGGAGAUGUCCCUAGCUGAGCUGCGGGAACGUUUGUCCCUACUGAGGGAUGCGGAGCAGAGGGAGCAGCAGGACAGGAGGGAGCGCAUCCUGGGGGACAAGCAGGGCAGGGAGCAACUCCUGCUGGAGCAGCUGGACACCAUCUCCCUUCACAGGGCAGCCCAGGGACAGGCUGCUAUUCGCAGGCAGGAGGAGAAAAGAGCCAGGCAGGAGCUGCGGUGGGGAGUACAUGAGGACGAGAGGGUGGUGGCCUUGCAGAGGAGACUGGAGGAGAAGAAGCAGGAGCGCCAGAAGCUGAAGCAGAGUGAGAAAACAAAAGCCAACACUAUUGAGAAAUCUGCCUCAGAAGCCCUAAAGAGCUGGAAUCACAGGAAGCACACACUAGAGGAAAAGCACUGGGCAGAUUUGGAGCGAAGCUUGGAGCGUCAGGUCCAGCAGGAGGCCCCUGACACUGUGUCCCAGAAGACAUUUCUCAAGGCCUAGACAUUAACCUAUAUCUAUCAUCAAAUAUGUUGGCCCUGAGAAUUUGGGAAAUCCUAAUUUUAUAUAACCGGUAUAAAAUGUAUUUACUUUUUUAAGGCUAUUCCUGUAAUCAAGAGCAUGGUAGCAUGUACAAAUGCAACAUUAAAAAUGAAUUGUGUUA